CACACACACGGAAAUGACAUCAGGGCGCAGUUGAAGGCGAGCUGCCGCGCGUGCUGGUGCGCCGCUCAGAGCGCUGCGGGACGGAGGCUGAGCGCGGCACCGCAGUGAGGAUGAGGAUGGAUUUUAUCUGCUGAAGUGUCGCUAUGAUGAAGACAGACGCCGGAAUGAUGAACUCUUCAUCGGAACAUCGAUGUUCAUGAGCGCGCGUGUGUUUUAUUCAUGUUUCAUGUGUGACUCAGUCAAGGUGAUGAAGUUGACCUGGAUGCUGCGGAGACUCAAAGUGACACUGAAACCUACCGGACAAACUUAAAGAAGACGAAAACCGAUGAGCAUUUAAAAGAUGAUCUUAUUCCUUCUGCGGAUGGCGUUAUUUUUAUAUAAGGCAAACAACUAUUUUGUAUAAAUUAAUUAAUAGAGGUUUAGAGCACAAUACAAGAUCUAUGCAUGACAAUGUCACUGUGAGCUGACAGAAGUAACCUUUCUAAUUUAAAUGUAUUUCAUUUAAACUCAACUUUAUUCAAAUGGCUCGCGUGAUGCCAGAAUUCAUGGAUGUGUGACGACACGAACACGCGCGUCUUAUAAAUGACGACAAGUUGACGAAUGGCAUUUUAAUUUCUUUGCUUUUCUUUUAUUAUCAAACUGGGUGUAAGCUUAGUUGCAGUGUUCAGUGAGGGACAAUAUCUAGUGUGUGUUAUUUUGAGGGACAGUGUUUAGUGUGUGUUAUUUUUAGGGUGACUGUGUGAGUUAUUUUGAGGGUUGAUGUUCUGCUGCUCGCUGGUGUUGCUGGUGAUGGGCUGCAUCCAGAGUAUCAGGUGUAAACCCAAGAGUUUUCGGGACAGUAUCACGGUUCUGGAGGUGAACUCCUCCAUCGACUCGAACCCCACCAGUAUCGAUGAGUCCUCCAGCGUGGUGCUGCGCUACCGGACGCCGCAUUUCCGCGCUUCGGCUCGGGUCGUGGUGCCGCCGGUGGCCGGUAAAGAGAGCUGGACUGUCGGCUGGAUUCAGGCGUGCAAUCACAUGGAGUUUUACAACAAAUACGGAUCCAAAGGAAUGUCCAGCUGGGAACUCCCGGGUCUGCGAGACGGAACGAUUCGAGCCAUCAGCGACUCGGACGGAGUCAACUACCCGUGGUACGGCAACACGACGGAGACCUGCACGGUGGUGGGCCCUACCAAGAAGGACACCAAGUUCACCGUCAGCAUGAACGAUAACUUUUACCCCAGCGUGACGUGGGGCGUCCCCGUGAGCGACGGUAACGUGCCCAUGCUGAGCAGCAUCUGGAGGGACCAGAGCUUCACCACGUGGCUGGUGGCCAUGAAUCGUGCGUCCGGCGAGAUCCUGGUGCUGCAGACGGUGCGCUGGCGCAUGCGUUUACACAUCGAGGUCGAUCCGGACAAACCGCUGGGCCGGAGGGCUAAGCUGCGUGAGCCCGUAGCCCAGGAACAACCGCAGAUCCUGGGCAAGAACGAACCCAUCCCGCCCGACGCUUUGGUCAAACCCAACGCCAACGACGCUCAGGUCCUGAUGUGGCGGCCCAGGACGGGUGAGGCCGUGGUGGUCAUCCCUCCCAAACACUGAUCCACUUCAUGACAGAUCAAAACGAACCGCUCUACCUGCAAAUCACUGUGCUAAAUCACGUCUUCGCACAAAGAGAGAUGUCGAUGCUUUUUGACGUUUUUUCUUCUUUAGCUUUUAAGAAAAUCGCUUCUGAGCCACUUAGUGUUACUGGAAUACACGUGCGCGCUUUUAAAGCGAGUCACAUUUAUAUUAAAUAGGAAAAUGUCACUUUCUGGACCUGUGAGACAUUUGAUCCCCACUGCCUUAAGUUUACAUUGCUUUCCACUGCAAACGUUUAGCCUUAAAGUGCGAUGGAUGAAGUAAACCUCACACAUCCGACCAAUCAAGAGCUGAGAUUUGUGUUCCAAUCGUUUCUGUCUGAUUGUUUGAUGACCGAAUGAAAUUGAAUUGCUAUUAUGCAUACAGUAUUUUAAGCAAAAGCUUCAUGUGUUUUAGCUGCAAAUAGAUAUUUGUUUGUCAAGCAGCCAUUGAUGGCCGUGUGAUGUAUUUUACAAGAUUCAAACACUGAAAGAAUAUAUUUUCUAGUACAUGUUGUGUGAUGUGUUUAAUGCUUGUUGAAAUGAAUGCAAUUAUGAAUGAAUGAAUGAAUGAAUGAUGUCAUUAUUCGUUUGACUUUCUCACACACCGAGUAAAACAUCAGAAACACAACACCCAAAUAUUUCAGUGAUUUGUAGAUUGAUGUGAUGUGGAUGAAUCUCAUAUAUCACACUGGACCUUUAGCAUUAUGACAUUUAUAUCACAUAACAACAUUCAACACAAGGGCACAAUCCUAAAUAAUACUGAAGUUGAAUUGUGUUGGUUUGUAUGCAGAUAUGAGAAGUGAGACUGAACCCAGCAAGCAAUUUUGACUAAAAUAAGUCUAAUAGAUGUCUUACUAUAGCCCAAAAAUAGACAAUGCAUAUUAGCAAAUGUAAAAGAAAUGAAAGCAAACACCUUGAACAUCUGUUGAGUUUGCUUACAUGAUGAAAUAUCAGACAUUUUGAGGUUAUUUAUGCAGAAACAACCAAAUUCAAGGUUAUUAAGGGUAGAAGUGGGUUACUCAUAGCUGGAUUAUAUUGGGUCUAUAGUUAGCCGUCAUUUCACUGUCUCGGUUAUUGCUUGCUGUAAAGUGUUGAAUGUUGUGAUGUGUAACACAAUCUGUUUGUGUAGACGCUGUUAAAGCCGCAGUCAUUAAACUUCAGAUUCACAUACAGCGUGCCAAAUAUAACGUAAAGAUAACAUGCACUGAGCCGAGCGAGGACAUACGGCAGCACUGUUUAAUGAGGUUUAUUUAUUACUUUUAGUUUAUAAAUUCAUAUGCAAUUCUGAGGUGAAGUGUGUGUGAGAGACCACAGAUAUAAUAACAGCUGAUCUUCAGUCCAUCAUCAAAACAUCAAAUCACUUCAUAAUGUAAGAAAUGAUAAAGCACCGGAUUGAUAAAGUGCCAGUUUACUGUAGUCGCUGAUGGAUUACAUGAGCAUUUGGCCUAAAAUGUCGUUUAGUAUUUUACAGCCGUUUUCAUGCUGCAGGCAACAUGAAAUAUAUGACAUUUUCUAUUCUGAUAUCUAAAGUUUUGAUAAACUACAUAAAGAUAUAAUUAUAAAUUCAGCUCAUACAGCCAGUGUUUGUGUGUGAAACGCUUUCCUUUCAUUAAAGGGGCUAUUAUAAAUGAUUCUGAUAUUUAUUUUGCUUUCUUUAGUAGCUUCAUCCUUGACAAUAAUACUUGAAUUAGUGUGUAACACUUUAAACUGUGAAAUGAUUUUCAUGAAGAAAUAAAACUGUGAAAUUC